AUGAUUAGUGUUUUUUUUUCAUUAGAUUCUGGAAAAUAUAUACAACAUAUUUCACGUCGUGUACUAUGUAAAAUUCAAAAAUUGCAACGUUCUGCACUUUGUUCAAGUGAUGAAGCAUUUCGUGAAAAUACAGAUACUAAAUUAACAAAACAAUGGAAUCAAAUCUUAUCAACAAUUCCAAUUUUAACUGAAAAUGAAAGAAAUUCUAUGCGUUCAAAAGUAUCUAGAGAAGGUAUUCAUGAAAUUUAUCGUCAAACAUCAAAAUAUUAUAAUGAUUAUAUUCAAGUUCGUGAUUUUCGAAAUGCAUUAGAAAAUAAAUAUGGUCAUGAUACGCGAUCACGAAAAGGAAAUGAAAUUAUUUUUACAACUGAACAAUUACUUGAUAGUAGAAUAUCCUGUGAACCAAUCACGUUGUCAAGCAAUUUAAAUCAUCAUGUACAAUGUCCCAUGCAAAAUAAGAGCACGAUAAAUAGCGUGUUCAAUUAA